GUCAGAUUAUCAAAAAACUUUUAUUUGAAAAAUUAGAUGGAUUCUAUUUCAUAACAUUUUAUAAUAAAGCACACAAAUGUCAGUUGAACAUUUAUCUAUGUGAUCAAUAAAAGAACAUCAUCUAACUCCAGUUCACUCUUACUUUAAAGUCGAAAUGAAUCAAGGUGCUCAGGUUGUUUAUAUACAUUUGGAGUUGAUAUGACUUAAAAAUGAUAAUAUUGAUACGAUAUAUAGAAUAGCAUGUAAAAAAUGAAUACAAUUUGUGGUUGGGCAUGUAUAAUACGUAUGAUAUUUUUGGAAAUUGGAAUACUUGUAUUUGCUAAUAACAAUAGAGAUUUUUUCCCUUUGAAGAGGCUUGAAGUCAUUACUACCCAUUUAAUUGACUCAAAAUGUACUCAUAAACAGGUCCAGUUGUUCUGUUCAACCGAAAGUUUGACCAAACUAAAGCGUGACAGAGGGAUCAUUGGCACAGUCCAGUUGUUCUGUUCAACCGAAAGUUUGACAAAACUAAAGCGUGACAGAGAGAUCAUUGGCACAGCAGAGGAACCUAAGGAAGCGUUUAUAGUGCAAUAA